AUGAGGCUCCUGAACACCACUACCCUGGAGCUUAAGACUUUCACGAGACAUCGUCCCGAGUAUGCGAUCCUCUCUCACACUUGGGGCGACCUAGAGGCACCCCUCGAUGCAUUUCUCCCUAAGCCCAAGUGGCAGCGUGCCGCGUCUCGGUUCAGAAAGCGCAGAUAUCCGAAGGUAGUGAGAUCCUGCGCCCUCGCCAAGUCCCAGGGUUACGAUUGGAUAUGGAUCGAUACUUGCUGCAUCGACAAAUCGUCGUCGACCGAGCUUUCCGAAGCCAUCAACAGCAUGUACGGUUACUACGAAAGAUCCGCCGUCUGCUUCGCAUAUCUCGUCGACGUGGACGUUGAUAUUUCUUCUCCGAGAUUGGACGUGGCGACAGCACUGGCCACUUCGCGUUGGUUCACAAGGGGUUGGACGUUGCAGGAGUUAAUCGCGCCACCCAGUGUAGAGUUCUACAACAGUGAAUGGGUCGUCAUCGGCAAUAAGACAUCGCUCUCUUCAGCUCUUGAGAAGAUUACUUCCAUCCCCGCUGGCCUCUUCUCUGCGGCAUGGUACAACCUCUGCGCAGGUGGAAUGGCGCGCCAGUCGCUGCACCUCCUCUCGGUAGCACAGAAGCUAUCAUGGGCAUCAUCGCGCCAGACCACCCGGGCGGAGGAUCUCGCUUAUUGUCUGAUGGGUCUCUUUGACGUGCACAUGCCCCUGCUCUACGGCGAAGGGGAGUCAAAGGCGUUUGCCCGGCUGCAAGCUGAGAUCGCGAAACAGACCAAUGAUCAGAGCCUGUUCGCUUGGGGCGGGUGGUAUGAUCAGGAAGGGUGCGACAGUACAGUCCUCUGCUACUCUCUUUACGCUCCACAUCCGAGCUGCUUUGCCGGGCUCGGCGACAUUCGCACGUCUUAUAGUCGGCUUGUUAGCAUCCUCGACCACUGGGCGCCGCCUUUCGAGACGCCCAACGAUGGGUAUCUGCGAAUCAAGAUGCGUGUGUCUCCCAACGACGACCAGGGAGUCAUGGGUUUCAUGGAUGAUGACCAUAUUGCAUUCUUAGAGUGCGAGUUGCACGGGACUACGGAUACGGUGGUAGGACUAUUUGUGAAAAGGCUUGAAGAUGUGAAUGGAGUGAAGAGAUUCAUUAGAGUACGGCGACUUCUUGGCAGGUUUCCAAAGGCUAGUGCUUUAAAGUGUGGAAUGGAGGAUAUCCUGCUAGGUGCAUUACCCCGUCACAUUCCGCGGUUCAACUUCAUGGGUACAACAUAA